UUUAAUGGCUAUUACGUGCGGCGCAUGCGCAAAGGUCUGGGUCGCCCAAUGGGCCAAAACUUUCUUCGUCGGCCGCCCGCGAAUCGAGUGGCCAGUUGCCCGUUGCGGUUCGCGAUGUCCAAACGCGAAAGUAAAAGUUUUCCCAGCCCGGUGCUGAUAAUAUUACUGAUUAUCGCUUUAAAUCAGGCGAAAUCGGAAGAGUCCUUAAAAAAGGAGUUCCCGCAGGCCAAGUUCGAAUGGCCGUCGUUUGGCUGGAUGCGGAAUAAAACCACCAAGGUUACACCCUCUCUGGAUAUGAAAAAUGACUAUAGUCAAAUGGAACUGGGCAACUUUGGGGACUUUGAUCGUCAUCCCUGCAGAAGAGUUUGCCAACAGGGACAAUCGCAGAACUGCUACUACCAACUGGUGGUUCACAAUUAUCAGAGACUUGGUCCAGAGUGUCAAAGGUGCCAAUUUGAUGAGAGAGCCUGCGCAGCGGAACAUUGUAUUUUUGGUGAUGGAGUGGUCAAUCCAGUGAUGGCUGUCAAUCGCAUGGUUCCAGGACCUCCUAUAGAGCUCUGUGAAAAUGAUACUAUGGUAGUGGAUGUUUUGAAUUACUUAGGGGAACCAACAACUAUGCAUUGGCAUGGUAUUCACAUGCAUCGAACUCCCGAAAUGGAUGGAGCACCUUUUGUAACCCAAUAUCCCCUUCAACCUGGUGAGGUCCAGCGCUAUGAAUUCCAGGUUGAUCGCAGUGGUUCCCUCUGGUAUCACAGCCAUGUGGGUUGGCAGCGAGGAUUUGGAAUAGCUGGUGCUAUGAUAGUUCGCCAAACACGACAGGAGAAUCAGCAUUCCCAGCUGUAUGAUUACGAUCUCAUAGAGCACACUUUGAUGAUUCAGGAUAUCUUCUACGAGUAUAACCUUCAAGACGUACGUAAUAUACUGGUGAAUGGCAAGGGACGCAAUCAUCUCAGUCAGCGGCCGGAUAAUGACAGUCGUCAUCGCUACGAAAGACUCAGGGUUUCGCCUGGCUACCGCUAUAGAAUGAGGGUUAUCCUCAAUGGUAUAUCCAACUGUCCCGUGGAGUUCUCUAUUGAACAGCAUAAGCUCUUGAUCAUCAGCACCGAUGGAAAUGACAUAAUACCCGUGCUGGCAGAUGGAUUUUUCUUGACCUCCGCGGAGCGCUUUGAUUUUGUUUUGGAGGCCAAUCAGUAUACUAAAAACUAUUGGAUCAGGGUACGAGGCUAUGAGCAGUGUGAGGGAAGGAAUCUCUAUCAAGGAGCUGUGCUAAGCUAUCGAGGAUCGACCCGUUCUGAGUUGCCUCAGGGCGAUAUCCUGGAGAAAAAGAGGAGUAGGUCUGCAGAGGAGGAUCCGGUCUUGGUCAAUGAUUUUCGAUUUAAGCCUACAAAUGCAUCGAAUAUAUCUUCCCUCCGUCAAUCCGUGGAUAAGGAUAAUAAUGUGGGAACCGUGGCCCUGCGUUCUGUAAAUCAAGUACCCUGGACUCGUUACACCAAGUUCCAGACCUAUUACUCCAGCUUCGGUUCGAGAACAGCUCAAAAUGGGGAGGUUCUUUUCCAGAUCAAUGAUGUUUCUUACAAUUCCCCGGGAAUAUCCCUGUUGCAGGGCAGGCAUCUCUACCAGGACGAUGGAUACUUUUGUAAUAAGAGUUCCUUGGCUGCUGAGGGAAGAAAUUGUGAAAGGGAGCUCUGCGAGUGUGUUCAUGUGAUGCGACUUCCAGCCUAUCGACCUUUGGAGAUGGUCGUGGCGAACUAUCUAGACAGCACCCAUCCCUUUCACAUACACGGCUUCACUUUCCGUCUGGUGGGACAAGGAGUCCUGGGAAAUCUCAAUGAUCUGCGAAAUAUCCGAGAACUUGAUCGCAGGGGAAGACUUCCAAGAUUAUCGGAUGACUCUGCUGCCGUGGCGAAGGAUACGGUUCAGAUUCCGGGACAGGGCUACAUCAUCGUUCGCUUUAUCUCAAAUAAUCCCGGGUUCUGGCUAUAUCAUUGUCAUAUUGAAGCACAUGCCGUGCAAGGAAUGGUGGCGGUUCUAAAGAUCGGUGAAGAUCACCAGAUGAAAAACAUUCCAGCUCGUGUGCGCUGUUAAC